GAUUGACUUCUUCGGCUUUCCGUUUUCCUUUCGGGGAGGGCGGGACUUCCCGUUUCACCUCCAAGUGACUUCCGACAAGCGCUGAGUGACUAAAAACGAGACGGCAUAAGGGGCCGCCGGCCACGCAGGGCAAAAAAGAGGGAGCUAGACCUGGGUUUUACUAAAUCAGUUCCGAAUUCCUGUUUUUGGUCGUGGUGUCCGGCGGUUCGUCCACCACUACGGAGCAGUUCGUGGAACCGCCGGAAGUCGCUCUACGGAGAAGCAGGAAGUCCCUCCCCUUCCUCCCAAAGGGAAGACGGUGAGCCGGAGGAGUCAGUCAGAAGGGAGAGCAGGAGCGAUUCUGUCGGCGAACAGGUUACGAGUGCACAGUGAGGCACAUUGACACAGGGACAUCAUCAGCACUUUAUUAAUGAUGGAUUCCGAGAAGAAACCUGAGAGUGAUGAGGAUGAAAAUAGAAACAAAGAAGCACAAGCCUUGAGCACUGUCUCAUCCCCUAAUGUAGAGUGUGUGCUUGAAUCUCAGGUGAUGGCAGAUUCCUCUCUGCAGGAAGCAUGCACACACCCUGGGAAGAAAGAAGAGAAUACCACAAGCAAAAGAGGGUUUUCAGAGUCAUCAGACCUGGACAGCAUUGUCCUGGAGGAAGAUAGAAGUAAACAUGCUUCCAAGCGGAUGAAAUUAGACAAGGUGGAGCCCCGGAAGUGUGGAGAACAGGACAUUUGUGCAGCCUCGGCAGAGGGUACCCUACGGGAGGAAGUGGCCCAAGAGGCCUUUCCAAAUGACUGCCUGGGUGCGGACCCGAGGCUGCCCAGCACAUUCCCCCCUGCCUGUGAUUUCAGCACUGUUGAGGAUGUUGCUCUGAAAACUGAUGGUGGAAAGAAGUCUGCUCAGGAAGUGGUUUCCCUUGAUCCGGAAGGAGACGUUCCUUUCCCCCUGCAGGAGGUCAGUGUGAGCUGCACCAUUGGAAAUGUAGACAGUGUUCUCAAAUGCAGCACGUGUGGCCAUUUGUUUUCUUCUUGCUCUGACUUGGACAAGCAUGCUGAGUGCCACCUGCAGCUGUCUGAGGAGCACACCUGCUGCCACUGUAGCCACAAAGCUGAGAGCAGCGCGGCUUUGCAACUACACAUCAAACAAACACAUGGGCCACAGAAAGUCUUCUCCUGUGACCUCUGUGGUUUUCAGUGUGUCGAAGAAAACCUGUUGAAUGCACAUUAUCUUGGCAAAACACAUCUCCGGCGUCAGAAUCUUGCUGCUCGUGGAGGAUUUGUACAGAUAUUAACGAAGCAGUCUUUUCCCAAAAAAACAUGUACCAUGGGAACAAAAGAUGUUCGUGUAAAGCCAAGAGCUUCUAAACCAAUAACUAAGAAUAGUGAUUCAAAAGGAUUAAGAAACAUUGGAAGCAAAUUUAAAGAUUUCAGAAAAGGCACUUUUAAACAAAGUAGUAGUGGCAGUGAGCUUCUUGUGGAAAUGAUGCCAUCCAGAAAUACUUCCUCAGAAAAGGUAGCGAUUGUUGAAGAAAAUGUUACCUCCCUUGGUAUAGCUGGAAAUCCUGAAAACCAGAGUAAAAAGCUAGGAGCUUUAGUAACCUCAGAGAGUCUCUUGGAUAAAUUAGAACCUACCGGAAGUACCCUCCAGACCACACAUAGUAUCAAUACGAGACCCAGGCCUGAGCGAAAUAUUCUAAUGUUGGGGAAUAGCUUUCGACGGCGAAGUGGCACUUUCACCUUAAAAGGCCAGACCAAGAAAAGGUUUAAUCUUUUAGGAAUUAAUAGAAGAGGCACAAACGAAACUCAGAGGAUGUAUAUGAAACACUUUAGAGCACAGAUGAAAACAAGUGAUGCCGAGUCAACAGCUAAGCAAGUAGAAGUGAGCGGUUGUGUCAAGAGUGUGUGUGUGACUACCUCAGAAACCCAGGAACUGAAGCAAGACAAGAGGAACUCCCAUCUUCCAGGCUCUGUGCAGCUUGAUGCGCUGACAGUGAAGCCAGCUCCAGACCCCCAAAUACUGUGGACUUGUACAGACUGUGGUCACAUAGCUACAAGCAGGACCGACUGGGAAAUCCAUGUGAGGAAGUGCCACGCAAGAGCGAUGGGAUGGUACUGCCAGACGUGCGGCUUUUCAGCUGUGUCAAGGAGGGACUUCGAUGAACAUUUGCACAAUAAUCAGCAUCAGCAACCUGCUUCUGUCUUCACCUGUCAGUGCUGUUCAUUCACUUCCUUGACUGAAACGAAUCUUCAUGACCACAUGAAGGAGAAGCACAGUAUGGGCUUUCUUUGUAUUCCUUGUAAUCUGUUUUUCUUGUCUGAGAAAGACAUGGAAGAACACAAAACAACUGAGAAGCAUCUUAGUUUAUCGGUUCAGCCAAAGACUUCUCAGUCAUUUAACAAUGAUUUGGUUUUACAGACAUUACCUUUAAGUACUUUAGAACCAGAAAACACAAAAAGUUCUAUGAAUGAGUCAGGAAAGACAGUUCAGGAAGAGCUGAAGUCUAGGGUAAGCAAUGGAAAUGAAGUAAGGCAUUCGACUUUAAGUAAGCCCCAGUUUCAGUGUAAGAAGUGUUUUUAUAAAACAAGAUCUUCCACUGUUCUUACAAGACAUAUAAAGCUUCGGCAUGGCCAAGACUAUCACUUUCUUUGUAAAGCAUGUAAUCUUUAUUCAUUGAGCAAAGAAGGAAUGGAGAAACACAUAAAAAGAAGCAAACAUCUUGAAAAUGCUAAGAAAAAUAAUAUUGGCUUAAGCUUUGAAGAAUGUAUUGAAAGGGUUUGUAUAGGAGCAAAUGAUAAAAAAGAAGAGUUUAAUAUUUCUGGAAAUGGAAGGACUGAAGGCCAUGUAGAGGGUGUGCAAUUACAGGAGCAUUCCUGUCUUGAGAAGAACAUACUGACUACUAGAGAACUGUCACAGUCUGGUAUAAUCGCCAAAGAUAAUGAAUUGGCUUUGACCAGUGCCCCCAAAAGAGGGAGACCUAAAGGUAACAUCUCAAGGACGUGUUCACAUUGUGGUCUUUUGGCCUCUAGUAUUACAAACUUGACUGUUCACAUUAGACGAAAACACAGUCACCAGUAUAGUUAUCUGUGUAAAGUGUGUAAGUAUUAUACAGUAACUAAGGGAGACAUGGAGCGCCAUUGUGCUACCAAGAAACACAAAGGACGUGUAGAAGUAGAAGCCAAUGGAAAACAAAGUUCAGAUAUUAUUGUCGGCCCAGAAGGGGGUAAUCUUGAAGCCUGCAGAAAGGCCACGAAUUCAGCAGCGACCCUUUCAGAUGAAUAUGCCUCCAAGUCUGCUGAGUCAGAUGUCCCCAUUUCAGAAAAGCCAGUAGUGGAUCAUGGAAACCCCAAUGAAGUUGAAGUUGAAAAUGUACUUCAUUCCAUAGAAGGGGAAGUUAACAGUCAUCUUACUGAUAAAAAGGAACAAAUAUCUCUAGAAUCAGAGGACCUUCUCCAAGAUGGGGAUGCGUGUUCCCAGAGAGAUGUUACAGGCACAAGUGACAAUAAAUGUAUACACUGUGAGUUUAAUGCUCACUCUUCUGCUUCUCUAGAACUGCAUGUAAAACGGAAACAUACCAAAGAGUUUGAGUUUUAUUGCAUGGCAUGUGAUUACUAUGCAGUUACUCGUCGAGAGAUGACUAGGCACGCAGCAACAGAGAAGCACAAAAUUAAAAGACGGUCUUAUCUUAACUCUUCUACUAAUGUAGAAGCAAGUUCUGCAGAAAUGUCCAGAAAUAUCAUUAUAACUGAAGAGGAACAUCAGCAAAGUUCUGAAGAAUUUCGAAUAAUUUCUGACCAAUCGUCAGAUACUCUGAAGUCUAGAAAUGCCAUGGAUUGUUCUAUUUUAGAUGCGAAUACUAAUGUAGAUAUGUCUAAAGUACUCUGUGCUCCUGAUUCGGUAGAAAUUGAAAUGGAGGAAGAAUCUAAUUUUACCGAAGAUCAUCCCUUUUGUGGGACUUUCCAGCAGCCCCUUGUCAAGGUUAAAGUUAUGAAACCCGAGGAGAUGGUGUCCCUUAAUAUUUCCUCUAACUAUGGCUCCCCAAGCAAACCUCACAAUGAAAACUUAGGAAGGUCAGCUUUGAAUUGUGAAAUAGCAAAAGAAAACCACACUAUGCCGAAUGACAUCCGUGGUCCCAGUGCACGUUGUGAGAGCAGUGGGGGAGAUGCAGGCAAUGGUAGAGAUGCAGCCAUGAACCCACCCCUGGGUCCUGAAACUCUGGCUGCAGAGCACCCAGUGGAGAGCACUCUCCCUGUUGUGAUGAGUGUCACAAGAGAACAGCUGAACCUGGACAGCAGUGAGCAAAGCAAAGUGGGAGGUGUGCCUACUUCAGAGGAUUUGAAAGGAAUACAAGAAGACCCUGUUCUAGAGAAUAAGGAAAUUCUGACAAAUUCACAGCAUGAAACUAAAAUUAUUUUGGAAGAGGAUGGCCCAGUUUCUGAUAGCACGGUUGAAAGUAAUGAUGUUUAUGAAACUAUAAUCAGUAUUGAUGACAAAGGGCAGGCUGUGUACAGUUUUGGCCAGUUUGAUUCUUCCAUAAUAAGAAUAAAGAACCCUGAGGAUGGUGAAUUGAUAGACCAGUCUGAGGAAAGUCUGGUAGCAACUGGAGUGCGAAUUAGUGAGUUGUCCUUAAAAGACUCUACUCAAGGUGCCAAAAAGAAGAAACCUGAAGGCAGUUGCUUUGGUGAAUCAACACGGAUUCGUUGUGAUGACUGUGGCUUCUUAGCAGAUGGCUUGAGUGGACUGAAUGUUCACAUCGCCAUGAAGCACCCUACAAAAGAGAAACACUUUCAUUGUUUACUGUGUGGGAAAUCAUUUUAUACCGAAAGCAACCUUCACCAGCACUUGGCUAGUGCUGGUCAUCUGAGAAAUGAACAGGCCAGUGUGGAAGAGCUUCCCGAGGGGGGAGCCACCUUCAAAUGUGUCAAGUGUACCGAGCCCUUUGAUUCGGAGCAGAAUUUAUUUCUCCACAUUAAAGGACAACAUGAGGAAUUGCUGCGAGAGGUGAAUAAGUACAUAGUGGAAGACACUGAGCAAAUCAACCGGGAGAGAGAGGAGAAUCAGGGAAAUGUGUGCAAGUAUUGUGGGAAGAUGUGUCGCAGCAGCAACUCGAUGGCAUUUCUAGCGCACAUUCGCACUCACACAGGAUCAAAACCAUUCAAGUGCAAGAUAUGCCAUUUUGCAACAGCUCAGCUUGGAGAUGCCAGAAACCAUGUCAAAAGGCACCUUGGGAUGAGGGAGUACAAGUGUCACGUCUGUGGGGUUGCUUUUGUAAUGAAGAAGCACUUAAAUACUCAUCUACUAGGCAAACAUGGAGUUGGCACCCCAAAAGAAAGGAAAUUUACAUGCCACUUAUGUGAUAGAAGUUUCACAGAGAAGUGGGCCCUCAACAACCACAUGAAACUCCACACAGGCGAGAAGCCGUUCAAGUGCACCUGGCCCACCUGCCAUUACUCCUUCCUCACGGCCUCUGCCAUGAAAGACCACUAUAGGACCCACACAGGCGAGAAGUCGUUCCUAUGUGACCUCUGUGGCUUUGCUGGCGGGACCCGACACGCUCUUACCAAGCACCGGAGGCAGCACACAGGAGAAAAGCCUUUCAAAUGUGAGGAGUGUAACUUUGCCUCCACCACACAGUCCCAUCUGACUCGGCACAAGCGCGUGCACACCGGAGAAAAGCCCUACAGGUGCCCCUGGUGCGACUACAGGUCAAACUGUGCUGAAAAUAUCCGCAAACACAUUUUACAUACCGGCAAGCAUGAGGGAGUCAAGAUGUACAACUGCCCCAAGUGUGACUAUGGGACAAAUGUCCCUGUAGAGUUCCGGAACCACUUGAAAGAACAGCAUCCUGAUAUUGAAAACCCAGACCUGGCGUACUUGCAUGCUGGCAUCGUCUCCAAGUCCUACGAGUGCCGACUGAAGGGGCAGGGCGCAGCCUUUGUGGAGACGGACAGCCCCUUCACUGCAGCUGCCCUGGCGGAUGAGGCCCCCGUCAAGGACAGGCCCCUUCGGAGCAGCAAGCGGCCGGUGCCAGUGGCCGAGCAGGUCCAGCAGGUCAUCAUCAUCCAGGGCUACGAUGGGGAGUUCGCCAUCGAUGCCUCAGUGGAGGAGACCGCCGCCGCCACCCUGCAGACCCUGGCGAUGGCUGGCCAGGUGGCACGGGUGCUGCACAUCAGCGAGGAUGGCCAGGUCAUCACCACCAGUCAGAGCGGGGCGCACGUGGGCAGUGUGGUGCCCGGCCAGCUCCUCCCGGAGCAGCUGGCAGAGGGUGCGACUCAGGUGGUGGUGGUCAGAGGCCCGAUGGAAGGCAGCGAUGUGGAGGAGUCCCUCGGUACCAGCGGGGCUGUCCUACAGCAGGUGACCAAACAGGAAAUGGUGAGCCUUGCCGAGGCUGGCAUUGCGCCCCCGGACUCCUCCUCUGCGCUAGAUGCACUGCUCUGUGCCGUCUCCGAGCUAGGAGAGGUGGAGAGUCGGACUGGCUGCGAGGAGAAGAGCAGGUAUGGCCACAGGGACGUGCUGAUCCAGGUGCCCAGCCAGGAGGCGCUGCCCGCCCCCAUCGUCCCCGAGGCUCCCGAGCUCCCACUAUUCCCGGACGCCCAGGCGAGCCCGGCCGAGCUGGAGCCCAUGGAGGUGGUGACCCAGGUGGUCCGGCCCUCGGCCCUCCUCACCUCCCAGGAGAGAGCGCAGAUGGCCUUCAAGAAGGUGGUCCAGGGCGUGCUGCAGUUCACUGUCUGUGACUCAGCUGCCGCCGACCAGCUCAUCCAUGAGGGCGUUACCCAGGUCAUCGUCAACGAGGAGGGCUCACAGGUCAUCGUGCAGGAGGCAGAGGCACGCAGCCUGCGGAUGCCAGGCGAGCACAUGGACCUGGUUGAGUCCGACGGGGAGAUCUCACAGAUCAUCGUGACGGAGGAGCUGGUCCAGGCCAUGGUCCAGGAAUCCGGCGGCAGCUUCCCCGAGGGGGCCACGCACUACAUCGUGACCGAGCUGCCCCCAGGGGUGCAGGACGAGGCGGGCUUGUACUCGCACACAGUGAUCGAGACGGCUGGCUCCCCGGAGGUCUUGCAGGCCAGGGCUGCUCUGAGCACCGACGCCGCAGCCCCAGAGGGGGCGGAACAGCUGACAAGCAUGGUCAUCUACACACAGGGCAGCUCCCCAGCAGCAGCAGUGAUCCAGAGCCAAAGAGAAAGUUCCGAACUGCAGGAAGCGUAGGGCUCAGCCUCCUCGCGCUGACCAAGGCAGGCGUGGAGACCCAGCACAUAGAGGGAGUCACGCUCCCAGGGCUGACUGGAGAAGCCUUCCGGUCGCGGUGGCCUCCUGCAGACGCGUACCAGGCUGCCCUCGGGGUGAGACGUGCAGCUGACAACACACAAGGAGCGCAGGGGGCACUGCAGGCAGCGUGCCCCGACUUCUGCUCACCAUCUUGGUUCUUUGGUGAAUGGCCUGUUCCCGCUAGUCUAGCCAUUGUGUUUCUUCUGUUUGUUCUGUCUUGUUUUUCCACGAAUGUCUUCCCAUUUGGGUUAUCAAAAGAUUGCACCCUAGUGGUGAAAAAAACUGUAUCUCGUGGCUUGGGACAGGUCUGCUCUUGCGAUCUGGCAUACAGCUGUUUUAACAUUUUACUAUCACUGGGUUAAAAAUUGAGCUACAAUUCUUAUUGUCUUGAAGCAGUUAACUUCCAUUCUGUUUGUUUGUUUUGUUUUUGAAACUUUAGGAUCCCAGCGUCCCAGACCAAAGGCAGCGAGCGGCCAGUUCACUUCAUGUAUGCGUUUCCUCUCACCGACAUUUGGGUGUUCUGGGCCCUGGUUGCAUUCUGCAUAAAAGAAAUCUUUUUAAGCCUGUGGUUAAGAAAAGCCUUGAAGUUUAUAUUCACUUUGAAUAUACCUUGGUUAAGACAACCUGAUAUGCUUCUAAUUUUGUGUCCGUUUCAUGCGAUAGAGUCUAUAUAUGAAAUAUGCAUUCUGGAAGAUAUUGUUCAUAUCAAUAUUUUGCUGUUUAUAACAAAUGUUCACAUUGAUAUCAUUUUUUGCAGGAUUUAUUUGUGAUUUAUGUCAAUACAAAACAUCCGACAUUAAACAUUAACAAAUAGAAAAACAUGACCUUAUAACCAUUGCUUUGGCCAGGGUUAUCUGUGUUUAGUUGUGGAUUUAUGGCAACUGUUGAACCAAGUUUAUGUUCCAGUAAUUUGUUUCUUGACACAAUUGCUCUUUAUUUCUCUUUCAAAAUUGUAAAAUAACUGCCUCCCCCAAAUGCCAAGAUUGUUUUUGUUCUGUUUCUGUUUUCUUUUAAAUAAAAUUAUAGCAUUAAAAGCAGUCAUGACGAUGUUUUAUUUCCAGCAGCUGACCGUCGGCCACCGUGAGAACCACAGAACGAGGUGGUUUCUAUUUCAGAGGAAUCUGAUCUCUAGCCUGCAUCUCUGCAUCUUCAUACUGUUUUCUGCGUGUUUAGGGGUGGCCCUGGCUGAUUCGGGUUGACAGUAACACCUUCUGUCACAGUUAGUACCUACAAGACCUG